GCUCGAACCGAUCCCGCGGACCGUAUUUCUGUUAUGUUUCGCGCACUCGUCGUCGUCUCGGCGAUCGCGGCCACGUCGGCCAUUUAUGCAGGUCAGUACACGCACACAUACACAUAUACAAAAGCCGCACACACAUACGCGAGCCGCAUGCCCGCGGAAACCGAACGCCCGGGAAAUGUCCGCGCGCGUUCCGUCCGCGAUUUCGCCGCCCGCGGCCGUUGUCCGCGCGCGAAAGGUUUGGUGGUACGCGACUCCCGUCGCUCCCGGGCCCGUAUUCCCCGUCCCCGCUUUUGAAACGGGCCGCAGACGCAUGUGCGGAAUUCUCCGGUCGGCCGGCGCGCACGGCGUUAUUCGUUUUAAGCAGGCGCCUAUCGUAAGGCGUCCGGACGGUCCGACGGUGUCCGAUAAUGGAUUACCGCGGCGGCGUCCUUGCAACUACAAACAUUGUUGGGUUAAAAUUCGACCAAAUCCGUUUGCGGUCCCCCGCCCCACGUCCCGUUUUAUCUGUGCUUUUCGUUCACUGGCCGUAGUGCGUAUUAAAUUUGCGCCGUUCAGGACGCCCAUAACUUCCGGGUUCGGAAGCGAUCGUGAUGAAAAACAAAAAACAACGUGUUGAUUAUCGACACCGCUGGAACAGUAUUAUCGAUAUUACGAAUUCGCCGCGAUUAGCGAUCUAAGAUCCGUCGCAACUCGUCUCGGGUAGGAAACGUUAACACGCCUCCCGGAAUAUACUUUCGUCCCGCCGCCGCGGCGUCGGUUAGCGUUUCCGGUAUCAAGAGUACGUUGCCGCCACCGGUUUCCGUCAUACACACGUAUACGACAUAGCGGGAUGUCGUUCAGCAGGGACAACUUUGCGCUACUAGUUUUAAUAUUGUAUAGUAAAUCGACCGGAUUUCCGACUCGAAUAAUUAUUAUAUUCCGUGCGACGUUGGUGCUAUUUUUUCGAUAUUUUAAUUUUGAAUUGGAUUUUUGUUGAUAACGCUUAUACUCUGCAAUAGUGAAACAAUGAACGGUACAAAGUUGUCCCUGCUGAACGGAAAAUCAGCCGUGUCGCACGUCUGUAAGACGGAGACGGCACGCGCAGGAGUGUAUAACGUCUCGUUUUAAAAACCGCGCAUUUUAUAGCGACGAAAACUCCGCGUCGGGCGACCGGAGAAAAUUCGCCGGAUCACCGCCCGUGUUCCCCGUUUCACAGAGCUAUGGAUUAAACGUGCGCGCCACAGUACUCGGACGGGUGCCAUGUGUCAAUGUGGUGGUCCUCCGCGGGUCUCGUAGACGGGUCCGCCGCAGCGUAUUUCAUAAUGUUAUCCUAAAUUACCGGCGCCGAAUAUUUAUUAUAUAAUUGCAUAAUAGACGGUCAUUCGCACGUUAAAAUAAUAUAUCGCAAUCGAUCAAAUGCAAUAUUAUUCAAAGCCGUUUUGCGAAUGCGCGCAUAAUUUUUACCGCGUUACGUGUAUUCCGUCAUCGCGCGACAUUAUGCACAUCGUCGUGAUAACACAACUAUGUUAUUUUUCCUUCCUAUAACCUCUUGACGUGUAUAAUAAUAACAUUGUUGUCGCGGUCGUUCCGAGUUUUGCGCGGAGUGUUGUCCAACGACGCCGACGUAGGUAUGAAUACGCGCGCGCGCGUAUUUUACGAUUAUCAAGACUUUCACAUUAUUGUGUACGGCCCGUCGAUAUGCGCCCGAUUCGCAUGCGGCGGCGUGCGCGUUAAUUUAUUUUUAUUCCGUCUGCACCGGGGCAUUUUUUCGAGGAGGUUUUCAGUGCUGCCAUGCGCAAAUGGACACACAUCGAAACCUAUUGGACGCCCCACAGUAGAGUAACAUUUUACUGAUCGCGUGUCCGGCACUACAGAAAAUACAAUUGAACUAAAUUGUGAAACAAAAUUUUAAACAUUUUAUGUUGCAUACAUACUCUCAUUGGUUAAUGGACGAAUAAGGUACAUAACUGAGGAAUGUCCAAAAUUCUAGGAGAAGAUUUGGUCCAUCUCAGCCACGCUCAACCUUUUUUUUCACUUGGGUCGGAUACACAUUUUUGUUGCGAUACGCGGACCGUAACGUAGUACUUGGGCACGACAAGGAGGAAAGGGCGGGGAUAAUUUGAAACUAUUCGGUACAGCAUGUAACGCAAAAAGAAACGUUGCGAAGUGGCUGACAUAUCGGUACUAGAAUCAAAAGUCAAACUAAAAUAUUUGCAUACUUUCAAAUUAUCCGUAAUACGGUCUGAAAUAUGUUUUUUUAAUAUUUUUCUUUUAUAUGUCUAACGCUUCUAAGGUUUAACUAAGGGUAGCGUUCUAUACGAACAUCACAAGGUAACGGGUGAUUAUCAUUAUCAUUAUAAUGCGUCUAAUAAUUGUUAUCGCUACACGCUGCAUAACCGUUGUACCUAUACAACUUGUAGUUACGUCGUGUAAUAUCGCGGAUUAAUGACAACAGGUUUUUUAUUUUUUUAAGUGUACAGGUACUUCCUAGUAAAAACUAUACAAUUAUAUUAUAUAUAUAUAUAUAUAUAUAUAUUAUAAUUUCUUAAUAUCGCAUAUAAUAGCGCAUUAGGAUCUUUUGAAACUGCGGAACAUAUAUCUGCACUUUUUUGUUACUAUUAACACUUCAGUACCUAAAUAGUACACAUAUAUCGGUAGGAUUCGUAGACAAUAUCACCUAAGAAUAUAAUGAUUUACUUUCAUAUUAUUCACUAUAAUAAACAAUAAUAUUAUAGGCUGACAUAUCCAGUCACGAUGAAAGCAUUACAAUACGAUUACAAACGUCAAAGCAAUAAUAGAUAUACAUUAUAAAAUAUCUUUUUCCGACGAAAGAAAAGAUAAAUAAACCCUGCCCUGCGCGCGAUUUACAAAUUAUGCGUUAAAAAUAUAGUGUUUUGGCAAUUGUAAUUUUAUCAAUCUCAAAACAAUCCAACAAUAUUAAAUUUUGAACAAAUUGGGUAUUAUAUCUUUGGCCCCAGGAAAUUAAACUACAACGUCGGUCAAUUUUAGUCGUAUUUUUUUUAGUUUGGUUUUACAAUGAUGUUUAUUUUUAUUUUUUUUAUGUGAACACUUUUUCUUCCAGAAAGCGUAUUCCAAUUAUCAAUUAUAGCACCUUUUUUGAAAGGAAAUCAGGUGGUACUUUAGAUAGGUAAUUUUUUUAAAUGUUCAUAAAUAUUCGAGAUAGUGACGAAAGCCUUGUUAUUUAGGUUAAAAAAGAUUGAAAAGAUUAGAAAUAAGGUCGUUAUUGGUAACCGUUUUUAUUUAUUUUUUUAUUAUUAUUAAGUUUUUAUUAUUUUGAUUUUUUUCAAACAAUCACUGUUGUCAUAGAAACGCACAUUAUCGUUGUAAUCAUUUCAUCAUCGUUUUACCAUAAUAUGGUAUAUAUAUGGUUACAAAGCAACGCUAUCAGCUGAAUUUCACUCAGAAUCGUUUUUUCGUUAGAAAUGGUUUAUCGUUGCUUACAUUCCCGUCUGUAUCCUACCUUCCCAACUUCUCACCUACAACAGUGGCUGCACCCACGUGCGAGUAUGUCCGUAUUUUUUUAUAAUUUUAUCUUAAGUAAUUUUUUCCCUUUAUUUAUUGGUUUGAAUUGCAUAUAUUUUAAUAUAAUAUGUGACACUAAAAAUGAAAAUAUCUCAAGGCACUAUUAUUUACUUUUUGAUGGUUAUUUAAAAGUCAUAUUUAGGCUAGCAAUUAUAGCAAUUUAGCCAUUAUUGUCAUUUUAUUGUAAUUUUCAAAAAUUUAAUUUACAUGUACUAAAAGCUUUAAUAAAUUUAUUGAAACCUUUCUUUCCUGAAAAUAUUGCACUUAACAAUUUAUGUAUGUACUUAUUGAUGACAAAUAAUUAAAAUGAAUAUUAUAGUAAAAAUUUGUUCCUGACUGCAUUCAAGUAUAAUAAUCGUUAUUAGAGUAUACAAUUAUACUUUAUAAUAAUUUGAAUAACCAUUAUGGGUCACGAUAUUUUAUUGUUUGGACAAUGGAAUUUUUUAAGUACUUUACAUUUGAUCAAUAUACGAGUACGUACGCCGCGUAACACAUCAUCCAUUUCGAUUAAAAUUUGAAAUUGUAAGUGUAGUAUAUAUUUGUGGCAAAAUGGAACAUUUUUAUGUUCCGCGUUUGCACUCAUCAUAUACGAAAUGUCAUUUUAUUAAAUGAUUUACGUGGUUCCGCGUGCAGUGGUGUACAUAAUGAUAGUGGAAAAAAAAAUCGUAAAUAUAAAAAAUACCCAACGAUUGUAAAAAAAAAUAUCUUUGUCGAUCAAUAACUACUAAUAAGCCCUUACAUGGAAGUAAAAAUACAAGAAUUAUAUGUAAGUACCUGGGCAUACGUACAAUGAUCUAUGGUUGAAGAUUUGAAUUUCGCAAAGAAAUUGAACAUGUAAAGAAAUUUCACCGGAUCGGUAUUUUAUCGCUCAACUUUUAUGCUCCACUUUAUUUGAUUGCAAAUGUAUAAUAUACACUAUACGGAGUACUAUAUAAAAAUAUAAUUAUCACACGAACGUGAUCUUCUGGAAGGCCGUAUUUAAAUCGAAUAAUCAGUAUAAUCGUUCGAGGACGAAGUCUUUCGAAAUUGUCCCCAAAAGGCUAUAAUGUAAGAUGCUUCUUCGUAUAAUUUUAAAAAAAAAACUCGAUUAUAAUAUUGAAAACAUUUCGUGAUAACGAUUAUGUAUACCUUGAAACCUUAUUUCUAAUAAAAUCGGUUACCAUUUUUUUUUUUUUUUUGCUCUUUUACGCAGUUGACACGUUUAAAUGCGUUUAAACAAAUCAAUGUGUGUUGUGUGUGUGUGCGAUUCUCAAUCUAGUGUGUUGCAUUUAGAGAUCAAAAAAUAUGAUGAUCAGUUGACAUGUCAAAAAUUAGGGUCCGAUACAUAUAUAUUUAGAACGUAAUAUCCAUUAUGUAUUCCGAAAAACAUUAGGAACAAAAAAGCUGCAUGGUAAAGCUGUUGAUGAGUAAAAAAUUAAAAUCAAAAAAAUCACAAAAAAAAACACACAAAUUAUAGUAAAACACGUUCAGAAUCUAAGACGAUUUCUUUAUACACUAACUAAACAAACAUUUUUUUUUUUUUUAGUACUUUUAUUCUAUAGAUUUUAACUUCUGGACGUAUAAUACUCGACAUUUUAACCGGGAACCGAAAAUAUUCAUACAGUAGUGGAUGAACGGAGUCGUGUGCACCUUUAACAUGAAUGUUGGUAUAUUAUAAUACAGAUUUCUAGGUUACUUGGAUGACAGUUGACACAGAUAAAAUAAAAAAAUAAACAGUUAUUAUAAGUUAAUUUGACUGUCACUAUGGCAAUGAAGUACCUUUUUCAACGAUAAAUUGCCAGGCAACGAAACGGUAAAUUCCGUAAUAGGAGCGUGGGUGGAACCGAAAGCAGACAUGUAUUGUAUGAACGACUAUAUGAACGUGGUUUAAACAGUCUUGUCAGUUUCCAGUGGUGUAGCCAGAAAAAUGAUUCGGGGAGAGGGGGAGGGGUUAAUUUAACAAUUCUAUGAUUCACUUGAAAAAAUUAAUAUUCCAAAUAUAGGGCGGUUACCCGAAAACUUUCGGAGACACUUUUUUGGGGCGGGAGGUUAACUUUAAACCACACCCUUGGCUAUAGGCCACUGCUUGAAUCCAAACGAAAUGACCGUUGCCUAAUUGGAUAUAAAAUAAACGAAAACACAGAAAUUGGACAAGCUAGAUAAUGAAAACGAUUAUUGUUGAAUCAAUAAAAGAAAAAAAAAAAGAAAAGCUUUUGGCCGCUUUCCGCUAUUGCUCGUCGCGACCCGACCAACGGUAAUCGGCACGCAAACGGUCCGUUCUGGAACCGCAACAACGUGUGCGCUCGGCGCUCGCGAACGCAUCGCCUAUUUGUCCUGCACACGACCGCGAGAACGCGCGAAUAAAUAACACGGCGGCGACGCGGUCGUUAUAAUAAUGUUAAUACGAGAAUAAAAAAAUAAAAAACCGCGGAGCAGAUGAACCGCCUCGUCGUGAUCACCUCGGGCCGAAAUCCCGACCCGAGACACCGACCUCCGACACUCGUGCCGCUCCGUCGCCGCCGCCCUCCAAUCGAAAGUCUCCCGCCGGUGAACCGUCUCAUCCGCCGCGGAAUCCCAAACGGCACCGUUACGCAACGCGUACAAUAUAAUAAUAAUAACAACAUUAUAAUGUAGUUAUAUGCAGUUCUCGCGCGACCUGUUUCCGCCGGCUUAAACGAUUUGAUUUUUUUUUUUUUUUUUUCUGCCUCGUAUUAUUAUUAUUAUUUUCGUCCGGUCCAGCGCAGAGGCGAACCCCCGAAUCGGUCGACGCGAUAGUGCGCAUCGCCCGAACGCGCGCAUAUUGCACGUCGCGUGUUACCAUCACACGAGCCCCGCACUUGUCGCUCCUUUGACUCGUCUGUGGCGUGCGCAACGUUAUGCGUGUUGCGAUACAGCCCGAACACGCAAAGGACACUGGAUCUGCGACCGGCCGUACACGGGUACGACGGCUACGACUCCAACCGCAACUAUACGACAACCGAGAUUGCGUUUUACAUUUUUUUUUUUUUUGUCGUUUUAGAAUCGCAGACACGGCGGACACCGCGCGCGAUUGCGCGUAGCAAACGGUCCGUUACAAUAUGCGAUCGCCGGAACCAAAUUCAAUAACUUAAUGUGCCACGUUAUACGCAUGAAUGUUAUUCUUUUGGAAACUAAACCGGUUCGAAGAUAACAAAAAAACGAUUAAUCGUGAAUUCAAUUGUCCUAAACACAAUAUUUAUGAAAAUUUAAUACCAAAUUACGUUCAAGCGAGUGCACCUGGAUGUUUUUAUAAAUGUAAUUGAGACGGCCUCGAAUUUUUAUGUGCAUACCGCUGUAUUUGUACAAAGACUUCAAAAGGCAUUCGGUUAACUUUCCAGGCUAAUAAUGUUUUUGGUAUUUACUCACAUUAUAUUACCAUUAACCACGGAGUAAUGGAUUAAGCUAAAUGAUUAUAAUAUGGAAUUAAAGAAACAACUAGUUUUUAGUAUCGUUAUUCGUUUCGUUCAUACUAUGUAAUUAUUUUGUAACAAUAAUCGUAAAACGGACGUGUUUUUAUUUCAAACACGUCCGAAACUACCGUACGUCCAUAUUAUAUAUUUCUAUCUCGUAAUUAAUUAGUGAAAUAGCCAAUAAAUAUCUAUAAAUUUAUUAUAUUUUAUCUAUGAAUCAAAAUUUAUAGGUUUAAGUAUUAAGUACACCCGCAUUAUGCCAAGGCCAUUAAAUUGUUUUUAAAUAUUAAACUAACCGCACAGUUCAAUUGAUACGAAUUAGAUUACCCUGUAUAAUUUUGUAAUAUUAUCUAUUAUCUCGAAAAAAACGCUACAUCAACAUCUACCUUUUUUUUAAACAUUUAAUGUAAUAAAAACCUUUUCCGGCUGAAAUAUUAAUGUAAAACCAAUUAUCUAAUACCGAAUUAAACUAUAUAAUAUUAAUGUUUUAUACAAUUUAACACGAAUAAAAAAUUAUUCUCUUUUCAUUCGAUAAUAAUACAUUAUUUUAUUUUUAACCAAAAACGUGUUGUCACGAAAAUUCUGGGAUUUUAGAUUUUAUCAAUAUUACCUCGAGUAAUCACUAGCAUAUGAUUUACGAGUUUCAAUAAUAUAAAUCUACUAAUGUUCAAACACCACAUACAUACACAUACAUAAAAUUACAUACAUCAAUUGUAUAAGUAUUCACAAUUCCGAUACAUUAUUAUUGUGCUAAAUAUUCCUUCCAUAGAGGUAAUGUAGGUAUGUAUAUUGUAUAGAGCAUACAAAUGUUCAAUAAUUUUUAUUUUAAAUCCUCUUCUCAUCACCAAUAACAUUAAAUUUACAUGUAAAGUUUUUGCAAGUAAAUGCUAUGUAUGUUGUUUUUAUGGUUAUCAAAAUCUCAAUAUAUAACUGAUACUGAUGAAACAUAUUUUAUUCAAUUCCUUAUAUCUAUGUUGAGCUUUUUAUCAUUGAAAUCUUUUGUGGUUUCUGGAUUUUCCAAUUAUAAAUCUAAUGUGUGAAACAUUAGGGGUUAAAUUACGAGAUAAACAUAUCAUAACCUCCCGGUCAGUGACGUAUUUACGUGGGAGCCGGGGGCGUCCAGGGGUACUAAAUUCCGUCCAAGCCGAACAAAAACUCAAAUCAGAUGUGUUCCUGCAACUUAGUUAAGUAGUAAUAGGUAUAGAAACUAUACAUAUUAUAGUCGUGUCGUUGUAUUUGGUUUCCGAGCUGCAGCUUAUUUUAAGUACAACAAAAGCUAAGCACCUUUUAAAUAAAGACUUUAACGCACAGAAAAACUGAUUUUUGACUAAAUUAAUGGUUUAUAAUUAGUUAUAAUUAGGCAAUGAGAAUUUAUAUAUAUAAGUACAUAUUAAAUAUUAAACUUCCUCCGAAAAUGUCCAGGUACGUAAAUAUUCUAGACUUUAUCCUUCCCCCUCCAAAAAAAAAAGUUAAAAAUACUUAGCUGCUCCCGUAUUAUCCCAUACCCAUAUACGAUAAGCCUGUUAAGUAAAAAUAAAUAAAAACAAAGUUUGAUUACGUUUUAUAAUAUAAUAAUUGUUUAAUACUUUAAUUCUUGUUUUAAGAAAACCAAUUUGAUUUUAUUUAAAUUUCAUUAAAAUCGUUUCAGUUCCAAUAACUAAAACAUCCCCCCGGACUUGGGAGACUUAAACUAAAGGAGACUAAUAAUAUUAUUUUAAAUAAAAAUGAGAAGUUUGUCCCCCUAGGCCUCAUCAUCCCCUUUAACCACGGGUGAUUUGCGUUUUUAUUUAUAAGAUUACUAUUUUAUAUACCUUAUAUAAUAUAAUAAUAUAUCUAUGCAUUUUAAUAUAUAAAUUUCUGAUUUCAUCGUGUGACAUAAAUGAUACCCAUUAAAUGCAAAAAUAUUUUAUUUUAGUAUUUUUAAACUAUAGUAUUGUAACGCACUGUAAUGCUAGAACCAAGUAAAAUAUCGAAAUAACAAAUAAAACACAACGACAUUGCAGAAAAGUUCUACGGCGUUCAGUGAUACUAGUCUAUUUGUAAAAAAAAAAAGACUGACAUACUUCGUACGAAGUGGGCCACUGUUGUAGGUUUAAGUUGGAAAGGUAGGAUAAUAUAAAGGGUAAUUUAAUAUAUAUCUGUAUGCAACGAUUAACCAUUGCUAACGAAAAUUGAUUCUGAGAGAAGUUCGGUUACACGUGUUUUAAAAGACUGUAAUAUUUAUGAUUUUCGUCAAAAUUUGAUAUUAAAAUUCGUAUAAAAAAAAACUACAUUCAACUCAACUUUUUCUUAUUGAUCACUUAUAAUUUCUGUUUGGUCUAACAAUUUUAUCUACAGAAUACCUAUACCGAAUAAAAAUUACGUAAAUACUUAAGUUUAAAGUAGGCUCGCAAAAUUAAAAUGUUUGAAUUAAAAUAGCUGAAAAUUUGCUGAAAUGUUUUGAAAAUGUUACCACAUCUAGAAAAGGCAAAUAUAAUUUUUUUGUCCAAAUUUGAAGUCUCUACGAACAUUUUGAACUGAAUUACAACAAAAAAACAAAAUUUAAAAUAAUAAAAGCAUUAUUUUCGUAAAUUUUGUCUACGUUUUUUCCUAGUUAUCAAUAAAUUAAAAGAUUACCUGCUCAAAGUACUAACUAGACAAAAUUCCCUUUGAGAAAAUGUUUUAUACUUGAUACAUCAGAGCAAGAUUUCUGAUAGAAUUUUUGUGCACAGUAUACUUCAAUAAAAAAAAUAACAAUAAUAAAUAAACAUCAUCGUAUAACCCAUAUAAUACACUCCUAUGUAAUACAUUCCUUACCCCACUAAGAAUCUAAAAUAUACCUAUGUCUUAUAAAAAGUUAAUUAAUUAACAAUCAGAUUGCUGGAUCUCUGGUUCUCCGUCAGGACACGAUGCGUCCCGUAUAAGGAAAAUCAUAAAUCUUUCGGAAUGACUUUCUACUAUUAAUAAUAAUAUCUGUGUUCUAUGAUAUACUAAUGUCGAUAUUUUAAAACAAUCGAUUUCCGCAUACAAAUAUCGCGCGUUGUCAGAUAAGUUUAAAUACGUAAGUAACUAUAUUCUGUAUAUUUUGAUAAUAUUACGGCUAUUUUUUUUUACGGAACAUUCUACUCGCGUAUUGUUUACCGCGAUUCGACAUUUUAACCUCGGAUAGGUAUGACAAAGUAAACAGGUAUUUUAUAGAUGUAGACAGUAAUGUAUAGAUAGCAUCACUCUCCCCCCCCCCUCGAUACACGUGCACAUGACAAAUUUUCGCGAAAUCCCAAAAAGACCAGACAGACGAUAAAAACGGAUAAGGAUGAAAAAUUAUAUUUAAAUACGGCCGUCGGGGGCGUUAGAGCUCUACUCGUAUUCUGUGAUAUCUAAUGAUAAACAUCAUCGUAAUCGGUUCGUGUUAUUAUUGCAGCGGCAGGAGGCGGUGUGACACGUAGAACGGUCAGGAGGCAACGGGAGUUUUUGACCGACGGAUACGAUCGGGCAGCAGUCACGAGUACGUAUGGAUUGAAAUUAAUAGUUAAUACUGUCAAAAUUAUUUUUUUUUUUUUAUAUUCUUAUAGGUAAUGACGUUUGUCCAGAAAGAAACGGACGGUACCCGUCGGGUAACCAAUGUGACAAGUGAGUUUGGAACAAAACAAAAAACAUUCAUAACCAUCAUAAUAAUUUACUAUCGAUAUUAUGAGCCCACUUCCCUGCAGUACCUGUAUUUGUUUUGCAUUCCAUUCCAUUUGAUUUGAUUACACCAUUUGCAUUAUUGCUACAGUCACUACAAAGUGAAAACAUUCAAAAAUAUUCACCCUGUACCUUCGAAAAAAAAAUCUAUUAAAAUCGUUCAAACCAAAUUCAUACAAUAAAAGAAAAAUAUAAUAACAACACAAAUCCUUUCAUUGCUUUUAACAUUGUACUAAUCAAAUUAAAACAUAAAUUAGUAUUGGCGACGGGUGGUUAAAUGUUUUAUUUAUUUCAAUCGUAUACUAAAACUUAAAGACCAAAACAAAAAAGUAAAAAAUCCCGAUAAAAUCCUAUGGCCUUAACUUUAGAUGAAAAACCUUGUUAUCAGAUAAAGGUGUCAAAGCAAAAUCUUGCCACUAUAUGUGACCCAACGGACUAUUGUUAUCUGUAUAUUUUUAACCACAACUUCUUGCAGUCCACACAUGAUUGUAAUACAUUUUUAAAUAAUUAUUUUAUGAGUAUUAAUAGAUUAUUAAAUAGAUAGUAAAUGGUUUAAUUAGAAAAUAGAAUAUUGUGUUUAACAUUUAGUUUUUAAAACUUGACUAGAUAUUAUAGUUUGUAUUAUACAUAUUAUAUAAUAUUCAUUAUUCGUUAACUAACAUUAUCGCCUAUAGAUAAAAAAAAUCCCAAGCGAAAUUAUAAAACACAUAAAAUAAAUUAUAAAUACACAUUAUAAUCAGCAAAAUAUUGAGUUAUAUAGUUAUCAUCUGAAUAAACAUGAUUUAAAGUUAAACUCAACCUGUCAAUCGCUCGUAUCAAUAAUUCACACCGGGAUUGUAAUUAAACUGCCUAUAUUAUUCCUUAAUAUAUAUUUUUAGUACAGCCACGGUCAUUUAAAUCAAAUACGAACCUAUACUUUCUUAUAUUUUCUACUUUCUUUAUUUGAUACGUAAUAACACUAUUUGCAAUACAUGAUAAAUACAAAUUUAACAUUUUGUGGAAUUACCAAGAAAUAAUAAUCCCCUUACAGCCUGACCCCUAGUAUAUCCUAUCACGAUUUUACAAUAUUAUAAUAAUAAUAAACAGAAAUAAAAUUCCAAUUACAUUUUGUAUGCAUGUUUUAUAGUACUAAAUAUUUAUGACUACAAUAUAUAAUAUUUACAACAAUUCAAUUAGGUAAAUCGAAAAAAAAAAUCAAUACAAAAAUACAAAGUAAAAACUAAAAAAAAAAAAAUGUUUACACAAUUAAGUUUUGAUUAAAGAUUAAUAUUGAUUAAAUUAUACAAUUCGUGUUUUGUUAACAUAACUAUGUAUUAUUUUUACAAAAUUAAUACUUUCAAAAUAUGAUCAGAAGAUGGCUAUCUUGAAAAUUUAAAAGCUAAAUUGCAUUAGAAAAAUUGUUUUCCAACACUCAUCCGCCUAAGCAUUGCUCUGCUACAAUCAUUACACUGUUCUAUUUAUAAUUAAAAUUAGCUUUUAAUAGUUUUAUCACUUUUACGAAUCACUAAGUCCGUCAGGUUGAUAAACAAAAGAUUUCGAAAAAGCGAUCAAUUUGAUUUUGUUCGCAUGGUGACAUGUGCAUAAAAGUGAUGACGGGCGUUGUUACAGGGGGGCCAUAUGGAAUCACACUCAUUCAGUUAUUACACGUGACUCAUGCACACACUAUAAACAAAUCGCCAUAAAAUUGCCUAUACUAAACUCCUUAAAUCCGGGCUGUUUCAAAUCCCCUUAAAUAGUUCAAAUAAACUUUCAAUCACGUUACAUGGGAAAUUAAAUUAAUUUUACUUUACGGCUGCUGUCAUAUUUUUGUUAUACACUUUAAUCUAUGAAUACUAUAUAAAUACUAAUACAUAAUUUACCAGGUACUUACAAUGCGAAAACGGCAUACCCUCAGAAAAGUUAUGCCCCGACGGACUAUUCUUUAACUCUAAAGCGUCGAUAUUUUCUUACCCGUGUCAAUAUCCACCAGAAGUAGAUUGUGAGGGCAGAACUCAAUUACGUAAGUUAUUUAUGAUGACUAUAAUAAUAAGACUUCCGUUUACGGUAUUCGUGAUUCUCGAGUCGAUGUAGUAUAAUGCGAGUAGGUAUAAACUAUACAGGUAUCCUACGCAAUACAAAUUUAAUUUAAAACGGUUUAUUAUUAUUAUUUGUGUUAUUUAUUUUGGUGAAUCUGCAGCGACCUACGUUCUUAUACUCUUCUCCGCGAUAUUUCUAAAUAUAUUUUUCACUGACAGAAAAUUAUUGUUUAAUCCUUUUCCAGAACCACCGCAGCCCACCAGUGACUGUCCGAGGCAGUUCGGUUACUUUCGAUUAGGCGACGAGACGAAAUGUGGUCAGUUCCUGAACUGCGUAAAUGGUAUCGGAUACAAAUUCGACUGCCCUGAAGGAUUGGCGUUUAACGAACUGACGUUCAGAUGCGAUUGGCCGGACCAGGUAGACACAUGCGACGCAGAAGGUGAAUUAUUACACUUGUACACUUAUGGUUGUUUAUCCGCCACCGACCGAUAAUAUUCAAUAACAAAAUCGAUUUAUGAAUCGUCAACAUUCAGCGAGUCAUUCAUUUUCGUACAGACCAUAUUAUCAUUUAAAUUCCCGGCGAAAACAUGGAAUGGACGGGCCACAGGCGUAAAAAUUAAAAACUCGUACCUACACUCAAAUCCACCAUAAAUAUGCACAAAUAUUAUAGGCUAUAGUUAUUAUAAACUACGGUUUUUCGUUUACACGUAUUAACAGUGUACCGAAUUUUGAGAAUUAUUUGCAGAUUUCAAAUCUCGAUAAAACGAUAAUUGGUUCGUUCAGUGUGCGUAUAGACGAUAACAAAAAAUAAAUUCUGUAUAGUUACAUUCCAUUCGUAUUUGAAAUAGAAACAUUACAUAAUAAAAACACGAGACGUUAUGAAACGAUUUCGUGCUCAGGCAUAUCUAUAUAAUCAUCAUAAAUGUAUAAUAUUAUGUAUCAUUCGAUUAUAUUUAUUUGCACAAUAACUCACAAUCACCAAUUUAUAAUACAUAUAAUUGUGCACUAUGUGCGUAUAUAUUUAUUAAAAGACCUCUCAUAAGCACGUAAUAAAUAAAAAUAUAUUAUAAUAUUAUAAUGACUUCAAAACCGACUAGAACGCAUUUUGUAUGAAAUGUACCAACAGAAACGUUCACAGGUAGAUAGAAAAAAUAGAAGCGUAAAACUUUGAUGAUUUUGUUAUUUACAGCAUUUCUAGGAUUUAGGUGUCCGCCAGAAGAAAACCCAUUGGAUGGUCACAAACUCUAUCCAAAUACAGUUGAUUGUCAAAAGUUUUACCUGUGUGUCAGCGGUAGACCUAGACUAUAUAACUGUGGAACUGGGCUUGGAUUCAGCGAACUCAUUGGCGCUUGCGACAUUAGGGAAAACGUGACUUCAUGGUGAGUAUCACAUUUUAUUUUUUAAUCUAUAGAUUCUUAAAAGAAGACUUUCUAAUACAAUUAUAUUUAGGGCGUUUUUAAUACAUUUAUCUCUUAUCAGUUAGGUACCUAAUCAAAAAUAAUAUUAAUAUAGGCCCCUAAAUAUAACAAAAUAUAAUCGUAAUCGAGGUCUUGACUAAAGUCAGUUUGAACUAAAUAUAUUAAAUAUAACUUACUAUCAGUAAGUUAUAUUUAGUAAGUCUCCUAGAGGGGGCCAUUUAUCACAGUCUAAUAAAAGUCUGAAGUCAGCAUUUUUGUUAAUUUUUAACUUUUGAGUAUUGGAAAAAAUACGAAAAAGUUUCAUAUUACCCUCAUAGUCGAAAAAUCCGUGGUCAAAUUUUUAAUUUUCUCAUUUUACGACUGAUUUUUUCGACGAUUUUUAACAUUUAAAAUAAAAUAUACAAUUUAAAUGCCACACACACGCAAUCAAAUAUGUACAUACCUAGUUCUUUGUAAAUAAAUAAAUUUUAAAUAUAUAUGCAAUAUUUAAGUAAAAUGACAAUAAUUUAUCUUUUCCUCGACAAUUUGGUAAGUUUGCCCCAGCCUAUUAAUUAUUUAAAUUACACCACUAAAAUAAGUAAAACACUAUGAAUUAAAUAUCUUAAAAACUUAUAAAUGUGGAUCAUUCGAUAAAAAUCGUAAGAAUAGUAAAAAAUAUACUUAAAUUUUAUUCAGAAUUGUACUUAUUGAACAUAAAAGAAUCUAUUUAAAUAUUUCAUGAUAAUCCAAACGUAUCAAUAACUUCAUUAAAAUCCGGUUUAUAUGGCAUCUUCACAACUCAUUCGUUUUAAAUUUCCUAUAAUCUUUUUUUUUUAUCUGUAGAAUAUCUUAAAUCGUAAUCUUGUUUUAAUUAUCUUCACCUGCAAAAUUAUAAACAAACAUAAAGUGUCUACAAAUGUGAGGGUACAAAUAAAAUACUCGUAAUACCACAACAAGUUAUUAUUUAACUAGAGACUAAUUUAAAUAAUUUUUCAUUGUUUUAGUUACUCGAGGACACCGGACAAUUUCCUUCGACUUGGCUAAUAAAGAAUAAUUAAAAAAGUGUAAAUCAACAAAUGUUAAUGGAAGUUACCUAUUACAAUACCUAUCUAUUACUUCGAAAACGUGCAAAACAGACAAAUGCAAUCGCUAGAAUGUGACAGACUCUAUUACCAACAUUUUUAAACUUCUCGUAAUUGAUUAAACUUCAGCUUACUAUGUUUACAUAUUUAUUUUAUUAAAAUUUAGUCUCUGCCAUUUCUUUAUCAACUUUUUAGAAGUUACCGUCAUUACCGACUAAUAGUCUAAUAUUUAUAUUUUAGUUAUGAUUAUUAUAUUGUAUAAUUAUUACGGAGCAUUAGG